AUGAUUUCGUACAAUACCAGAUCAGCAGCAAUUCUUCUACUAGUCGUCGCACUGGCGACCUGCGCGAGAGCCAAUCCCGAUGGCGGCGCCUUCGACAGUAUGGACUGGAGUUGGGAUCUCUUUGACAGCGUCGGCGGCCAAUUCGCGGCAGGCCUAGUCGCGGGCAGCAGCCACAUCAACAUCAACCCAAUGAUCUCAUCGCCAAGAGACGGAAGCAGUACCCUAGCAGCAUCACCCAGAAGACGGUCGCCACCACGAUCUCAACCUCAUUCGAACAUCGUUCAAGCGCCAGCCGUGGCCCCGCAGACAGACUACUUCCCCUUCACAAACCUGGAGCUUUCUGAUGCCUGGGAAGCGCAGACCCAGUCCCGGGAUGUUGCGACCCAUCCUGAAUGGUCUUCGUACUCACAAAGUGCGCCAAAUGAUCAAAGACAUCACCGCAUCUCAGCGGCAUCGAACCGACUUUUUCGACCUCAAUACCAGCAGUCAAUCACUCGCGAACUUGAUCAAGCCGCCGGCAUAGCAGCACAACCUCCUUCGCAGCCCAGUCGCGAUCAGCGCCCGUCUCUAGACUCUUCGAAUAUAUAUGGGUACCCAGGCGCACCCCAAGUGCCGGUGCCAGCAGAGCAAUGGACCGUGCAGGAGUCGCACAACGUCGAUGAUCGGCAACAAGCGAGGGCAUUCGUCAAUCAUGAAUUUCAGUCGUACCCCAGGACCUCAUCCGAAGCUGGAAUGAUGACGCCAACGCCAUUGCUGGAAACACCUUUCUGCCCCGAAGCGCCCUACCUCUCUCCCCAGAUACCUCAGAUACUACCUUUUGAUGUUACGAGUAGUCCAAACUAUCAUCCAGGUAUGGUCAAUGGUGCGGUUGGUUACAUGCAAGGGUGGGCGAGACGCGCUCCUGCCAUUGGGUGCCACGCCAGACUCAGCAUUAACACGGCCCAUCUGGCUCCACCCGAGGACAUGGCCGCAAAUCGCUCGCCGACCUCUGCCUCGACUACAGGGUCAUCGACUCGUCCUGGUUCGAGGCGAAGUCGCGAGGAGAUGAUGGGUAACUUUGUCUGCGGCUAUUGCAAAGCUGGCUUUCCAACGCAAGGAGAACUCACCCACCACCUGCGUUCCCAUGCGCCCUACAUGAGUCGUCUGCAUGUCUGUAACAUAUGUGAGAAGCGCUUCCAGUAUAAAAAGGAUCUGGGACGACAUGCUCCGAAGCAUGAUCCCAACAGGAAGAAGUACUACUGCACCUUCCAAGGGUGCUUCGCAUCCUUCUUUUGCUUUCCCAUGACGAUGGCACGAUUCCACGACCGAUACGACAGCAUGGCACAGUGGCAUGCUUGGAGACAGGACUGGUAUGCACAUUAUUGCAUUGUGUUCUUGUCAUACAACUUGGUUUGGUUCAGUUCGAUACCCAAUUUCCGCAAAGGUUGCGCCGGCAUUUGA